AUGCCCUCCCAAUUUGGGCGAACAGUAAAAUACCCUCACAAUGGCCAGAAAGCCAAAGGGUUCUGUGACCACAAUUUGGAGCAACUGUUCUGCUUCAAGAAUGCAAUCGUAAAGGAAGCAGACAUGCUGAAGAGUGUAUUGGUGGGAGAUUCUUCCAACUUUGGUUCUCAAUCUACGAUUGAGGACAAAUAUUUUCUGAAG